UUCACAUUCUUAUGACUGAGGAGAAACAGAGUUCGACCAUUUUCUUGGAUCUGCUUUAUAAACUGUUCUCCAUAUUCAUUCCUCUGUAUCUACACCCUUCUUCACUAAGGAAGCUUUAAUCUGUAAGCAUGGCUUCUUCUUCUUCUUCUUCUUCUUCUCUUUCUUCACCAAUCCCUCCUCAGCAAAAGCAUGAGAUUCAAGAAAAAUACGAUCUGUUCCUCAGUUUCAGAGGCGAGGACACCCGCAAUGGAUUUGCUAGCUAUCUCUAUGGAGCUUUAUCUGCAAAACAGAUCUCAACUUUCAUGGAUGACCAUGAACUUGAGAGAGGAGAUGAAAUUUCGCCCACCCUUCGCAAAGCUAUCGAGGAAUCCAAGAUUUCGGUAAUAAUUUUCUCGGAAAACUACGCUUUCUCAACAUGGUGUUUGGAUGAACUAUUGCAAAUACUUGAAUGCAGAAGAACAAAUGGACAGAUUGUUAUGCCAAUCUUUUACGGCAUAGAUCCCUCGGUGGUACGGAAACAGAAUGGUAGUUAUGGAGUUGCAUUUGCUCAACUUGAACACCGUUUCCAGGACAAAAUGGAGAAGGUGCAGCAAUGGAGGUAUGCUUUAACAGAAGCAUCCAAUCUAUGUGGCUUGGAUUCGAAGGGUUUCAGGCCUGAGCUCAAGCUAGUUCAAAAAAUUGUUGAAGAUAUUUCAUUGCAAUUGCCAAAAUACCAACCUUCAAAUGAACAUUACAAGAGGGGUGGCCUCAUUGGAAUUGAAGAAAGUAUCAAGAAAGUUAAAUCAUUGUUAUCCAUUGGCUCAAAAGAUGUUCGUAUUAUAGGUAUUUGGGGCAUGGGAGGUAUCGGUAAAACCACACUUGCUAGUGUUGUAUAUCAAGAGUUAUCAAAUUCUCAAUUUGAAGGUUGCUCUUUUCUUCCAAAUGUUAAGGAGGAAUGUGAAAGACGCACACCAUAUCAUUUCAGAAAGAAGCUCCUUUGUGAAUUAUUAAAUGAAAAGGCUAUUUUAAAGAUGAAUACGCCAUUUGUAGCAUCACCAUAUAUUCUUGACAAACUUCGCCAUAAAAAGGUAUUCAUAGUUCUUGAUAAUGUGGAUGAUUGGAUUCAAUUAGAUGCUUUAGUUGAGGGAUAUGAUCAAUUUGCUCCUGGAAGUAGAAUUAUUGUUACAACUAGAAAUGUUCAAGUGCUUAAGAAAGUUGCUGAUCAAAACAUUUACAAGGUGGAGGGAUUAAGUCAGAGUGACUCUCUUGAGCUUUUCCGUUUCCAUGCUUUUGGUAAAAAUUCUCCUCCAAUAGAUGAUGCAAUGCUGUUGAAAAGUGUGGUAAGCUAUGCAGAUGGAAAUCCAUUAGCUCUUAAAGUCUUGGGUUGUUUUCUUCGUUCCAGAAACAAACAAGACUGGGAAAAUGUAUUGUAUAAUCUGCAAAAGUUUCCAGAUCAGGAUAAAAUUUUCAAUGUGCUGAGAACUAGUUAUGAGGGACUAGAUGAAGGGAUUCAAAAUAUAUUUCUUGACAUUACAUGUCUAUUUAAUGGGUCUUUUACUAGAAAUGAAGCAGAAAGGUUACUAGAUAGUGGUGAUUCCCUAGUGAAAAUAGGAAUGGAUGUUCUCAUUGAAAAUUCAUUAAUUGAAGAUGGUAAACAUUGGGUAGACAAUCAGCUAUGGAUGCAUGAUUUAUUGCGACAAAUGGGUCGGAAAAUUGUUUGUGAUGGGCAUAAAGAAGCUGGUGAUCGUAGUAGGCUGUGGGAUGCUAAUGAUGUUUGCCAUAUAUUGGAAAGAAAUACUGGAACUGUAGCAGUUGAAGUCAUAUCGUUAAACAUGUCUGAAAUGACUAGAGAUGUAAAAGUGUGUCGUUCAGCCCUAUCAAAGAUGUGCAAUCUGCGAAUCCUCAAAAUUUAUUGUGACAACAUAGAUAUCGAUGAUAAUAAGUUCGAAAGGAAAUUCAAAUUCAACCUUCUUCAAGGCCUUGAUCCUUAUCUUUCUGAGAAACUCAAAUAUUUUCGAUGCGAUUUAUACCCUUUGAAAUCAUUGCCAUCCAAUUUUACCCUUGAAAAUCUUGUUGAGCUGAUACUACGUGGCAGCCAUGUUGAAAAACUAAUUUGGAGUCAUGAAGUUCAGUCUGUUCCGGUGUUAAGAAGAAUGGAUCUUAGUUAUUCCAAGCUCCUUACAGAAAUACCAGAUCUGUCUCAACUGGCUCCGAAUCUGGAAAGUAUAAAUCUUGCAGGCUGUACAAAUUUGGUUGAGGUUCUUCCAUCCCUUCAAAAUCUUCACAAGCUUACUUAUCUAAAUUUGGAUGGUUGCUCCAAACUUAGUGAAUUUAAAGAGAUAUCAAGGAGCAGAUGGUAUUUGGAUCUGGUAAAGUUUGGAGGCAUUAAGAAUUUUCUGAUCAACAUUUGUCAGCAGAAGUUGGCAUUUCUCAAACGUUUUACGAACAAUAUUUCGUCCCUCUCCUCACCUGGAUCCCACAUGAUUUGCCAACAGUUUCCUGUGAAUUUGACAGUUUUACGUUUGCGAAGUUUACCUAUAGAAGCAGUGCCUUUAUCAAUUGUGAGUCUAUUUGGUCUUGUUGAAUUAGAUUUGAGUUGUUGCAAAAGACUUAAAAGUCUUCCAACCAACAUUUGCAAGUUGAGAUCUCUUGAAUUGCUAAAUCUGCAUUGUUGUAGCAAAUUGGAAAAUUUUCCUCAAAUCUUAGAGCCUAUGGAACACUUGACAGAUCUUACCAUAUCUCGAACAGGGAUUAAAGAGUUACCGGAGUCCAUUGAUAAUCUAAUUUCCCUCCAAAUACUCCAACUAGAAAGUUGCAAGGAAAUUGAGUUUCUCCCGAACACGUUGUGCGAUUCAAGGACACUUCAGUUUUUGUACCUCGGAAGUUGUUCAAAACUUCAAAAAUUGUCUCCCCUUCCACCUGCUUUGUUAUUUUUGAAGGUCCCAUGUUGUGAUAGCUUGAAAUCACUACCAGAACUUCCAUUAUUUUGCGAAAGUGUGGAUGCAAGACAUUGCACAUCGCUGGAGAAAGUAUCAGAUUGGAGGACUGCAAUUCAACACAUCACUGAACAAAUUCCUUCAAAAGUUGACUUUUUUGGUUGUCAAAAGUUGGAUCAGAAUACCCUCAACAUCAUCAUCCCUGAUAAUGCAAUUUUUAACAUACUUCAAUCUGCCAAUUCAAAUUCAGAAGCAGAACUUUGUUAUCCCGGUGACCAAAUUCCAAAUUGGUUCAGGGAUCAAACUUCCGGGACUUCACUGAAAAUUACGCUUCCUUCAUUUUGGAAUGAUGACAACUUUUUGGGUUUGGCUCUCUGCGUUGUUCUUGAUGUGAAUAAAAAGAAACCUUAUGCACAAGUUCGUAUUAAUUUUAAACUCAAUUUCAAAACCAUUGAUGAUGAGUGUCCUCGUAAAUUCCAUUCAAAUAUGCUUGUUCCGGCAGACAAAUGUUUAGAUCACGUGUACAUUAUGCAUGUCUCAAAAUGGUUAUUGUCCUUGCCAUCGCCGUUGCAACUUAAGAGUUGUGUCAGCGAGGUCUCUUUGCAUGUUUUCCCCUCAUUCCUUGACUAUUGCGAUCCGUUUAAUCCAUAUGCUGAACUUUUGAACUUGGAGAAUGAAUAUUGCGAGAUAAAGAAGUGUGGGGUUUGGUUCAUAAACAAGGAAGACGUAGAGAGAUUUAAUGCAGAAACUAUUCAAUGCAAGAAAAAGAGACAACGCUUUGAUGAUGAAUGUUGUGAAGCAAGUGGCAGUGGAAGUGGAAGUGAUGAAUUUGUUCCCUCUGGCUCUCAUUACGAAGAAGAUCAUCAUGAUUAAUCACAUCCUAUCAUUAAUGCAAUGAAAUACAAGGUUAUGUGUUGUAACUACUCUAGUGUCUUACAAUUGCAAACAAACGAGUGGAGUUUGCUUGGUGUGAAUGAUGAAGAAGCAGAGCAAUUGGAUCAUAAAGACACUGACAGAAUAUCCUAAAGAUUACUUUGUAGAAAAUUAAGCAUAUUCUAUGGCUGCUUUGGUAAAUCAAUUUCAAAACAAAAAUUUAAUUUUACAAGUUAGUAUUCUUUAUUUUCAGCAUGCAAUUUGAGGUAUUUUAAUUUUAUUUAAUUUGUAUGCUAAGUUUGUAAAUUAUAAGGUUAUUUCAAAAUAGAAGCGCAUUUUAUUUCAUUUGAAAUGAUACAGGAAAAAGAUAAUGCUUAUUUGUAUUUUUUUAUGGAUUUUUCAGUUUCAGGUUAUGAAGACACUCUGUAAGCUUUGCGGGCACCACAACACUUAUAGAAAAGUCCUCACUCGUCCUCUUUUUUGGUCCUGGUAUUGGAGUUGGUAUACUCUGUAUAUGUGCAUAUAUCCAUAUGAAUUUCUUUAAACGUUCUUAUCUUUCUUAAUAUCAGGUUAAAGAAUGUGUAUUUGAAAGGCUUUCCGACUUUGGUUUCUGGAAAAAUUUUCGGAAUAAGAAAGAAACAGUAUUCUUGAUU